UGUGCUGUCACUCCAUCUCUGAUUUCACCUCCUCUCUCUCUCCACGAAGAGAAGAGGAGAACUAGAAGAAAAAAAAAGAAAAAAAAAGGAAAAAACUCACAUCUUCAACUCGAAAUCAGUCCCUCAAAAAUUCUCCUACUUUAGACUCCCAAUUUUCACAACAAAUUGCACGACCUGCUUUUAAAAAUUCACAAAUUUAUUUUUAGAAAUAGAGAGCAAAUCUCGAUUCCAAUCUUGAAAUGGUGAGGAAGCGAGUACCUGAUUGGCUCAACAGUUCGCUCUGGUCCACAACUCCCAGUGACGAUCGCUUCCAACGCUACUCCCCUUCUCCCACCACCGCCACCGCUGCCGUUUCCGAGCCAGCUGUUCAGCCUCCGGUUCCAGUGCCUCCUCCCGCGGCAGCGUCAAGACCUCAGUCCUCUCCUACUCCAAAAUCCGAAAUUAGAGAUCCAGUUAAUGAUAAUAGUGACAAUGAUAGUAAUGAUAAUGAUCAAAACGGCAGCUCUUCUGACGUUUCUCCUGAGGAUAUCUCUCGCCAGGCUCAGCUCUUGGUCGAGUUGUCAAAGAAGGUGGUAAAUAUGCGGGAAUUGCGGAGGAUUGCGUCGCAGGGGAUUCCUGAUGGUGAAGGAAUCAGGUCUACUGUGUGGAAGUUGUUGUUAGGUUACUUACCACCUGAUCGUGGGCAAUGGUCGUCUGAAUUAACUAAGAAAAGGUCUCAGUACAAGCAUUUUAAGGAAGAGCUCUUGAUGAAUCCUUCAGAAAUCACAAGGAGGUUGGAGAAGUCCACGGGUUGUGACAAUGAUGAGUCAAAAUCUGAAAGCCGUGGUCCGCUGUCAAGAUCACAAAUAACUCAUGGAGAGCAUCCUUUGAGCCUUGGGAAGAGCAGCAUCUGGAAUCAAUUCUUCCAGGACUCGGAAAUCAUUGAACAGAUUGACCGAGAUGUGAAGCGCACUCAUCCAGACAUGCACUUCUUCUCUGGGGACUCACAGCUUGCAAAGUCUAAUCAGGAUGCAUUGAGAAACAUAUUAAUCGUAUUUGCCAAGUUAAAUCCGGGUAUAAGAUAUGUUCAAGGGAUGAAUGAAAUCUUGGCACCUCUAUUCUAUGUUUUCAGAAAUGACCCUGAUGAGGAAAUGGCGGCCGCUGCUGAAGCCGACACAUUCUUUUGUUUUGUUGAGUUACUGAGUGGAUUCCGUGAUCAUUUCUGCCAGCAACUUGACAACAGCAAUGUGGGAAUCCGUUCCACAAUUACUAAGUUGUCACAGCUUCUGAAGGAACAUGAUGAAGAGCUUUGGCGUCAUCUGGAGGUCACAACUAAAGUCAACCCCCAGUUUUACGCAUUUAGGUGGAUUACUCUGCUCUUGACACAGGAAUUCAAUUUUGCUGACAGCCUUCACAUCUGGGACACACUUCUAAGUGACCCUGAAGGACCUCUCGAGACAUUGCUUCGGGUAUGCUGUGCAAUGCUGAUUCUCGUUCGAAGGCGCCUACUAGCAGGGGAUUUUACUUCUAAUCUUAAACUUCUCCAAAACUAUCCCUCGGCAAAUAUCAGCCAUUUGCUCUACGUUGCCAACAAGCUGCGCACGCAAGGCUCAGGCUAAACCUUAUUAACCACGCAUUUUGUCUCAACCCUUUUUCCUUGGUUUCAAAAAGGUUAGUGCUUGUAAAUUGGUGGGGGUGUAAAUUGGUUGGCAGUCACAGCUAACAUUUAGGGAGAACAUUUCUCUCUAUUUCUGUUCCAUUAUUAUUAUUUUUUUAUGUUGGAAGUAAUGUAUUUGUUUCAUUCAGGAUUGGUUUUGCAGUAAAAGUUUUUGUUUCUGUAACA